AUGCCAUCCAGAUUCACCAAGACCAGAAAACACAGAGGUCACGUCUCAGCCGGUAAGGGUCGUAUCGGAAAGCACAGAAAGCACCCCGGUGGUAGAGGUAUGGCUGGUGGUCAACACCACCACAGAACCAACUUGGACAAGUACCACCCUGGUUACUUCGGUAAGGUUGGUAUGAGAUACUACCACAAGCAAGGUGCUCACUUCUGGAGACCAGUUUUGAACUUGGACAAGUUGUGGACCCUUGUUCCAGAGGACAAGAGAGACGAGUACUUGAAAUCCGCCUCCAAGUCUGCCGCCCCAGUCAUUGACACUUUGGCUGCUGGCUACGGUAAGGUUUUGGGUAAGGGUAGACUUCCAGAAGUUCCAGUCAUUGUCAAGGCCAGAUUUGUCUCCAAGUUGGCCGAAGAGAAGAUCACAGCUGCUGGUGGUGUCGUUGAAUUGAUUGCCUAA